AUGCCAACGGCGGACGACCAAACAUCUCUUGACGAAGAUGAAACUGAGAGCGCUGGGGCCCAGGAUUUAGACCCACGCAUCAAUACACUGGGUGGUAAGGAUGUUUCUGUCUCAAUCGUGUCAACAGAACUCGCUCGAACGGAAUCGCUGAGUGAGGUUGGAGAUUCCGGCAACGUCUCCAUCAAUAGACUGAGCAAGUCGUCUGUCAAAAGCGAGGCUGAGCAAGUAUUGGUCCUGACCCCGAACGGCCUUGAAUUGCUUUCGGGUUCGCCGCCUGUUAGCGAGCUCGGAGAGAGGGCGGGCGAUGUGCACUCGCGCGAUUUCGCUUUGAGUAAGCCCCCCAGCCUAAGCUCGCCUGAUAGCAUUAUCGCGCGGGAGACUGAGGAGCAAAUUAUUUCCCGCAAAUCCUCCUUCGAGCUGGCGGGCGUUCGUGAUGCUGAACUUCGGGUCUCUGAGAGGUGUGGAGGCUAUCCGGCGCUCUCUGACCCUGAAUUGUUGAGGAAUCCGCACCAUCAGCUAUCUUCGAUAAAAGUGGCAGUCCGCCAUGCAAAUAAAACCUCACUUGAUUCAAGCUCUACGAGGUCUACUAAUGUUACCACUGUUUCACAUGCAAGAUACCUUUCAGUGCCGACAACUCAUCCGGCGCAUCAAAGGUUCAGUACAACGAAAACUGCGAAUGAGCUGAAUGACUACGCUACACCAGAUGUUGUCCAAACACAAUACCAGAGGAAUAAGCUUCCGUUUUUUCAGACUCCUGGGGUUGAUGGUGCUCCAUCUAAUGACAGCCAGUCGACCUCUCCGAACGCGCCCAAAGUGAGCACCGUCCAACAAACCAAAACGGCAGGACUUGCUACCAGAUUGCCGGGCGUAGAUGAGGGAUCGUUACCACUCUCAGUCCAGAGACCUCGCUCUCGGCUGUCUACGUUCCUUUCCAGAUUUGGGAGUACUCACUCUAAGGUGACCCAUUCACCGCCAGCUCAAAUCCAGCAGCAGAGUGGGAUCCCAGAUCGCCCAGUUGAGAACAAACCUUUGGAAGGAGGAAGUAAACGUGGUCCCCAGCACAAUAUCUCUACUGGUGGCACUGUUGAUGGCGGAAACCCAGCAGAUUCAGAGGUUAUGAAGGCAAAGAAAGGCCUCAAAUUCCUCAGCCGUCGUAGUUAUAAUGUUCAUACGGAGCCGCCUAAGAAAUCUACCUCUCUGGGAAUUAAGACCGCCGACCAAUUACCAAAGCCGCAGAGAUUGGCGUUACAAGCUCGUCCGCCACUCCCAAGGGUCGCAACAAUGUCGCCGGCCCAAAAUAACCCUGGGAACGUAAACUCGGCCAAUACGAGACGUUUUUAUAGAUCAUUGAACACCCAGCUAUCGAACAUCAUCGACCAUCCAGUUUCGGGAACGGGCGUGAACCCGCCUUCAAAGACGAGUUUACAAACUCGUCUCUCCCACAAUCGAAACAUCAGCCAACCAGCCACUACAGCCCGGUACUCUGUGGGCGGACAUCCAGCUCGGAGUGAGUUUUCCGCUUAUUCAGUCGGCUCCCAGCCCGAAUAUUUCAAGGCCCACUCACAAGGCAUAUCUACUUUUAUACCGGGGUUUCCGUUUCAAUCUCCGCAUCUAUUUGUAGAGCAAACGAAGCAGCAAACUGGGCAACCACGAGGUUUGCAGGCUCUCCAAGCCCCAAGUAUUCAUCAGGGUGCCAUGACGAAGCCCACAUCGUUAGUGAGGCAGGCAGCGCUAGCUACGGAAUUCUCGGAAUCUACAUUAUCAGAGUCGCGGGGGCCUCAAACCCUUCAGCAUGGAGCUGGUUUACCGCCGCCACGGCCACCGCCUAAAAUCCCUCUUGAUUAUGCAUAUCCUUCUCUCGCUGCACCUACUUCUAUACGUAUCACUUCUGCCUCAGGGCGCCAACACCAGGAGGGCGCAGGUUCCUUAGGUAGCACCCCCGCGUUGCAUACAACCGAUUUUUUCCAGCCACGACAACCUCUUUUGGCUCGUGAAGAGGCACAUAACGGACCAGUUGAGCUCCCUACCCAUGACGAUUCGAGUGAAGAAGUCGUGAUGUCUAGCGUUUCCUACCCUGGUCAAGAAUGGCAGCCCAGCUCCUUUGGAAAUUGGGAUUAG